AUGGCUGCCCCCACUUCCGGCCUGGGCCCCCUGGGAUACCUGCUGCUCCUGUUCCUACUGGUUACCACGACCUGGGUCGCACCCGUCAGUCACCGGCACCCUAAAAGCCAGGCAAACUCACUGAGCCAUGACGUGGCUUGUGGCCAGCCAGUUCUGCACGGCAAGAUCUUGGGUGGAAGGCCGGCUCCCUAUCAGAAAUGGCCAUGGCAGGUCAGCGUGCAUUAUGCUGGCUUACACGUCUGCGGUGGCUCCAUCCUCAACGCCUACUGGGUGCUGUCAGCAGCACACUGCUUUGCCAGGGAGAAGAAUAUCCAAACCUUUGACAUGUACGUGGGCAUCACCAACCUCGAGGUGGCCAGCAGAUACACCCAGUGGUUUGAGGUUAACCUGGUGCUCAUUCACCCCACCUACAAAAUGUACCACCCUAUUGGAGGGGACGUGGCGCUAGUGCAGUUGAAGAGCCCAAUCAUAUUUUCUGACUUCGUCCUCCCAAUUUGCUUGCCACCUUACAACUUGAACCUCAACAAUGUGUCUUGCUGGACUACUGGAUGGGGACUGGUCACAAAGGAAGGCACCACCUUGAAAACGCUACAGGAAGUUAAGUUGCCACUAAUCCCUUGGUUCCAGUGCCAGCUGCUCUAUGGAUUAACAUCCUUCCUUCUGCCAGAAAUGUUUUGUGCUGGGGAUGUCACGAAUUCGAAGACUGUGAAGAAUGUGUGUGAGGGUGACUCCGGCAGCCCACUGGUCUGUAAGCUGAACGAGACCUGGUUGCAGAUUGGAAUAGUGAGCUGGGGCCGUGGAUGUGCCCAGCCCCUGUACCCAGGGGUGUUUGCCAACAUCACCUAUUUUUUGAAUUGGAUCCAUUAUAAUUUGGAAAAUACACCCAUUCCUCCUCAGCCGAGCCCCUCCCUCUCUUCAUCCCUGAGAGCCACCCUUAGCUUUUUUGAGACCAUGCUGGCUAGCCUGUUGGCGUUGUGA